GUGAGACUACAAGUCCUUCUCUUAGCUACGCGGCACCUUGUACCUCCGCUGGAAGGGAGAAACGUUUCUGUCUUCAAAACACUACCGCGGUAUGGUAACGGGCAUGGCGGACUUGGCGAGGCUUGUCCGUAACCUCCCGGCACCCUCAGGGUUCAAUUCACGCCUGCGCACGGAAUCAUGGCCGGACACGCCCACCAGUUUCGGCCUCUGGAUCUCGAUCUGGAUCGUCAUGCUUACGGACCAGAACCAACAUCGUAUCUCUUUGCUGCGGGAAAGGCUGAAACAAAUGCACGAUCGACGCCUUGUCGAUGGAUGCCCAGAGCAGGCUGCAUAUGCGCCUAUGCGGAGCUCUGCUCAGUUUACGAAUCUAAAGUUUCAAGGAUUUAGACACAUUUCUGGCUUUGACUUAGUUUGCACAAUCCUAAACCCUCCAUCCCCCUUCACCUCACUUUCGUCCGAAUUCUCGGGAUGCGAAGACAACUUGCCUCGGGAUCAAGGUAGAUAGAUUGUCAAAGACUUGUAAGAGGUUUUUUGAGUAAUUGACGGUUGGUAUGUGGAGGUGCCGCGGAAGGCAGAAUGGCACGACAGCACGUCAGGCGC